AUUAACCAGGCUGGAUCUGAACACAGAGAGAUAAGCAGCCCUGCACGUCAUAUAAAACCUCUCUUCCUCUGAGCGCUGCAUUAUGAAAUUAUUGUCAAUAUGCAACCGAAAUAUCAACGCAUACUGUAAUAACAGCAGUGAGCUAGAGGGUGUGAAGAGAGCCCUUCAGUUAGAAGACAAAGAAAACAGCCCUGCUAAGAGGCAUGCACCAAACAGGAACUAUUCGCCUUUGACUGGAACCCAAUUGACAAAACCUGCAGCAGGUAAUUCCAGAGCAGGUGGGAAGAAAACGAAUCCCCCUCAAACAAAAGAGCCCAUGACAGACGCUGAGAGAAUUUUGUUGCUCAGGUCUAAGGUGAAAAAGUCUCUCAAGGAUUUCAUGAAAUACAGGCAACAGCUGGAAACAUUAUUGCCAGUAGAGGGCAGUAGUGAGCUGAGGAGUCUCUUGCUGAUGAGUCCUGCUGAUCUACAAACUGAACUCAAGAGACAUGAGAAUCUGUCUGCUAAAAUUGCAUCUUGUGCGCAUAGAGCAGACACAAACAAGGGUCAUUUCCAAGGGUUGAAACAGACUGGCAGCUCUUAUGAAUUUCUCAAGGAAAUCUUAAGCCGCUGAGGGAUCAUUUCUCGAUGUAGGACUUGGGCGGCAGCUGGUGCCCGCUCAAGGUGGAUCACGUAACUCUCUCUUUAUCACUUAUAGAGGCUGUCUGAAGGACAAAAGCUUAAGCUGACCUAACAAAACACACACUUGUCACACACUUUGCAUUGCUACGGUUGAGAAGAACAAGAAUAGCAUCUCAGAAUUCAGCAAUUUGGUCUGUUCGCCAUGGGCUGUUAAACUCACUGAGUUCAAAAGAGUUUCAAGAUCUGUAACCAAGCAAGGCAUGGCCGACAGCAAGAUAUGGUUAUUUAAUAUUAGCACUGUCUAUUAAAAUUGUAUCAUGCACCCUGGUAUUGUGACUUGCUGUUUGUUUUACAGUAUAUCGUGUAAGACAGUAAAAACAAAACCUGUUCAUUCUUUCCUCAUUCUGUGUGUGUGUGUGUGUGUGUGUGUGUGUUUCCAGACCUCGCUCAGGCUGUAACACACUAGCCCCUUUGUGACCUGAUAACAUUUAUAGUUGUAAUGGAUUUUUUUAAUGGCCGUCAUUAACUCGAACAAAGAGGGGUGAAAAAGAUUGCUUGUACUUUUUUCCCCUUGGUAUUUCAGCUUUACAGCAUUAUGUUCUGAUAUGUCUGCUUCCAUCAUUUUUGUUUUACAGCUCAUGAAGUUGAAGCAUUUUAAUGCAUAGCUUUAGUACUAGCCUCACGUCUUUAGUCACUGCCAAGAUGAUUCCACUGUGUUAAUAAAUAUUUUUCUUCAUUUACUACUUGAAAAAUAAAUAAAAUUCAUACUUUUUUUUCUUAA